AUGAAUAACAUUGAAGGGCUGGUCCUGGAGGUGAAUGCAGGCCGGUGUGUGGGCAUCCAGAUAACCAACAACACCAGAGACGUGACCCUUGAGUACCCCAGGACUUACUGUUUCAGCGGCCAUGCCAUGAUAGUCCCUGUGCCCCAAAUCCCCCCCGGCUCUUCGGGGAGCAGCGUGUUUGUGAAAACAAGCUACACGGCCCGCGGGAGUGUCGGGGUGCUGAGCUAUGAGUCCAACGCCUUCACCCUGGCCAUCAUGUUCUCCAACCCCUUCGACCGCUUCCUCUACAACACUGAGUUUGCCAUCGAGCUCUUUGCUGGCAGGAAGCACUUUGACAGCAUGGAGAGCUUGUACCACUAUAUGUACAGCCACAACCCUCCCUACAAGUGCGAGUCCUACAGGAAAGUGAAGCUCGAGGUCCCGGAUGACCAGCUGGAGGUGACCAAUGAGAAGAUCCAUGUGAAGGCCACCAUGUCCAACAAGGAUAAGUCCAUCAUUAAAGUGCAGAUUGAGCAAAAAGAUCCCUGCCCGCCCUACUCAGCCGACCCAGGCACCUCAUGGAAAUGCCCCAAUGUGACAGACAAGGGGGCUGCUGGUGGGAAAUAA